AUCGAAAAUAUUAGUCAGCUUGAUAAUAAGCCUGUGUCUCUAGAGCCCAUGGGUACUCGUCGUCGUGUCGUGAUGAUUGCCUUUGUCGGUGGAGUUACACAUGCAGAGAUUUCUGCCAUCAGAACUCUGGCUAUUUUAGAGGCGGGAAAUUUGGAAUUUAUCAUUGCGACAACUGGAAUUCUUACUUAUCGUGAUGUCUGGAAUUCCUUUUCGGAACCGAUUUCCCCAUCAAAAAUUAUACCUUUUUAA